UCUAUAUCUAUGAUGUCACUGAUAUAUUGUGUAAUAGUAAUGACACACACCUCAAAAUUUUGCUCGAAGAGGAGAUAGACAGACCUGCUUUUCUUUUGUUAAACGAGAAAAAGCUUAAAGAAAGUAGUUUUAAAGUAGGAACAGUUAUAAAACUCACGGAUUUGAUUGUGAAACUUAAUGGUGAAGAGCGGGAUGAAUCACCAAUCACUGGAGUAGUCGUUGAACCGCUUCAUAAAUCAAUUUCAACUGAAAGAAUUCCAGAUACACUACUUCCACUUCUAGAAAAUUAA